AUGAUAUUGGGGGAGUUUUUCCAUCCAGAUCAGCACGCUGUGCACCGCGAUCGAAUGGAAAUCGUUAUGGUACUCACUUCGCAACAAUACGCGCCGGUGUCGAAUGCGACGGGAGAGUGGCUCAAAGAUAACAUGGACUUUUAUGAAUAACAACUUCCGGUUUUACAGCACCUCAUUAUUGUGCGCCGCUUUCGCGUUUUUAUUUCACUGAUAGAUGAUAUAUUAUGUAUAUCGAUGACCAUCGUUGUGUCAGCCUUCUGUCUUCAUAUUUGCGCAUAUCGGGUCCACGUUUUUCGCGGGUACAUAACUUCAGGCUACGACUACAAGAGGUGUGGGGUUCCCAAAGCAUCGGCAGUGCUGGUCGUGCCCAACGUGCAAAAUCCUGUUGACAAGCAAAAAGAAGACGUCGACACACUUUUGCGGGUGCAGGCGGUGAAAAAAAAGAGCUCACCAGAUUUGAAGCUGGUUGUCAUUCUGCACUUGAUGCGUAACCGGUACAUGUUUAACGGCGUGGUUUCAGCGAAGAACUUGCUCUGUGCCGAUGAUUUCAAAUACCGCAUGAUUGGGCGCGUCUCUUUUCUGCCUGGGCUACCCUCUUUAUGCCCUGGAAAGUGCUUACUUACACCUAAAUCUGUCAAGGGAUAGAGUGCACGUGCCAGAAGUGUAGUAAGUAAGACAAAGUAGCAAUGUUGGUUACUGCAGUCAUACUUUUUCAUCUUGUUUAAAAGGUAUAAAAACGACGGUGCCAUAGUACCUAGGAUACGUGAAAAGUACAUGUUGUAGAAUCCAUGCAUGUGAUGUAGUGUAGAUAUUUAUCGACUCCGUUCUAAGUUCUUUUCUUUGUUCGUUAUUGCAAGCGAGUUCUACUGCCGACCAGGAUCGCGCUUUGUUCAAGAAGUUGGAAGCAUCGUUUCAGGAAGGUUCAUUGAUUAAGGCUUACCGCAGUGUUGGUCCGUCUUCUAAAGCCUGUUGGAGUUAGUUGUCCCAUAGAUCUAUCAGGGGAGAACAGCUUGAAGACGACGAUGAGCCUCACAAUGGAUUUGGGUUGGCUCUUCUAAUUUGAUGAAAAAUCAAUUCACCUUGUUUACGAACGAAGAUAUGCACUUCGGGCAGGGGAAGGAGCUCUAUGCGCUGCCUCUGUCAGACGCCUACCGCGCUUUUGUAACUGGCGGUGACCGCAUCCGGUGGAUAGAUAUCGUGCGGGACGUGUUAUAUAGAAGUAAAAAUAAAGACGUGAUGCUGCUCGGCUACAUAAGGUACAAUCCAGAGAGUGACGGCUCCUACCUGAAAGGCGAACGCGAGUGCAUCCUCUUCCCCAACGACCAUUACCUGCCUUUUGAUCACGAGGAGUACACGAAGGUACUUAUUUAUUUCACUAAGAAAGACCUCUCCCACAUGAGAAUGAGCUGCUUCUCUUGAUAUUUGCUUACUUAAGUCACUACAGUCUCAAGGGGGCUACUUCCUGAAGUGUAGUCUCGUAAUCGCAACAGAAACAUAAUUAUCAUGUUCAUCUAUUUCUCAAAUGAAUCCUUAGUAAUCGUUAAGUGCUUCGUAGGACUCUAGGGGGACGAAGAACAUCCCACGCUAUAUCAAGGUGUUGGGUAUUUUCAUUGCUUCGGACGCAUUUGAUGUGAGGCAGCGCCCAUCUAUGGAGGUGCUGCUUCUACCGGAAAUCGAUAGCGACAUGGAAGAUUUUGAUGAUUAAGCUUCUGGAAGCACUGACUAGCUCACGAUGGAUGUUUCUCGUGUACUGGUGUUUUCCAGGUACUAGAUCACUGCCUAGAACAGUGAAAAAAAGCGGUUGUUUCAGAAAUUGUCUACUUUGGUGGUCUCUAAUUUCUGGCAGAAUUCGAUAGACGGGAGGCCGAAAAAGAAGAGGAUGGCGGGUCCGAAGACUCAUUGGAGGGCGAGCGGGCCUUCUAUAUGGACGACUUCAGUUUCAAGAGCGACACGGAUCGGACGGAUUCGGUGAGGCCUCUGACGAAUUAUGAAGACCGCAACUGCAUAUCAUGCAUGUAGUUUUGAUUUGUCUGCUCUUGUCAAGGAAGGAAUAUCAAUAUGCUUCUGGAUCUGGUCAAGAUAGACUGAAAUGUGUAUGUGAUAGACGUUGUAAAUUGACUCGACUUGUUGACUCCGGGCCCUUACACUCUUGUAAUAAUUACAAGAUUCAUGAACAAAGUGCUUGAGAGUGAGCUUUAAUCAAAGGCGGAGAAAAAAGCGCAGCAUUUUCAAGUUCUUGCUGGUCUGUCCCAUCCGGAUUUGAGCAAGUAUCGUCCACACGAGAAGAUAAGGAAGGAGCAAGCACCACCGAAGGUCUUCUACAGGAGAAAAGUGAUCGAAAAGCAGCUGGCCUACUUGAAGCAGCACAAGCUCCAGACCGAUGUCAUCUACGAAAUAGGAAGGAAGGCGUUUGCGGAUAGGUAUCUGAACAACCCAAGGGCGCGGUCACAACUCAAGUCUGGCGAGAACAACCUCCCGUUUGACUUCGAGGGAGACCAUUUCCUCUACUGCCUUUGUGGACCAGCAAGCGUCGGGCUCUCGCUCUCGAUUUUACUACAAAUUAGGAACAUAGAAUGAAGAAUGGUUUUGUCAACUUCAGCUUACCAUACAUUUUAGCGUUGCUUGUUUAGUAGUUGACGAGCCUUCCGAAUAAUAUAGCGUUUCUUCUUGUAAUUGCGAUGGGUCAGCUUUGCGGGUCCCUCCUUGACUUUGGAGGGCGCUGUGCCUUGUGUCAGGAGUCUACAUUUGCUGAUGCACCACUGGCAGAACGUCUGAUUUUUCAAGUGCACAAUUACUCGUCUGUCAUUUCUACUUCAUACCUGGCUAUCAUACACACUCCUCAUUCAUUCCCUAUCUGGCACUUGGGCUCGACGAUGAUGGACCCGAGUAUUCAGAGGAUGACUGGAAUGGUGGUACGAAGGUGUACAGCAAAACCGAGUCGGCGGAUGCGAUGGACAUGCGAAAUCUGGAGCAAGGUAUAAACGCUCCGCAACAUUAUGGCUUGGGGUACUUGAUUGAGGCACGGAAACAGUCUGCUCAACCUUGAUUAGCCAAGUAUUUUUAGAUAGUUGCAAUUGAUUUCUUCAGAACUAGAUAUCCUACGUGGAGGACUAUUUUCUCCUAUGUGGAGGUUCGUGUGUCAACAGAUUCACUAGUCGUGGUUCUUGGAAGGUUCAAGCGCUAGAGGAGCACGUCUGUUGAAAGAGCGUAGAAUUACCAAUCUGGCGGCUUUAACGAGAAGAGGAAGACGACGAAAGCGCCAUGAGCAUGGCGACACCAAAACGAAAGCGGCUGAGAAAAAUCAUUCUAGUGGUGCUGUCGCAGAAAAGACCUGCGGACUGGGAGGAUGCCAUGGACUUGAGUAGGCAAAACCCGAGCUUGAUCGCUGUUUGGGUAAAGGGGACACCAACCAAGAUGCUGGAUCUUGAACGGUAUAGCAUUUUUACAAUAUACGCAAAGAAUGUAAACCUAGAUAUCUUCGUCGUCAUAUUGAUGCUUUUCCCGCACUGGUGUAGUGAUCAUCAAUAUUGAUAAAGGAUUUCGGCAGAGUUACUGACCAUGUGCGCCUAAUGUUGACAAGUCUGUUGAUAUUCACAAUAUAUAUAUUAGGUGUAGCUUUCGCCGUGCCAGGGUGAUAUUCGUUCAGGGGUAUCCGACGAAGCCAACGGACGGCGAGUGUAUUUUCUGCACACGGCUGAUCGAGUCUGUUAUUUUACGGCGAAGAGCUAUCGAAACGAGUAGCAGAAGAUGAGGAACUGUUCACGAGCAACGCGAGAACAAGAUGUAGAGUCUUGUGUUUCAUCAAGGUUAGCAAAAACUUAACAGCAAAGAUGAGAAACUACACGAUAUUCAAUGAGAUUUGAUUUUGAUUGCUCUACUUGAAAAGCGGUGAUGUUUCACAAGAAAACUAAAACUGUUUUGUUCAAUGAAAAUGAAAUUGCUUAUUCUCUGGGCCCCUCAACUCCCAUCUAACAACUGGGAGCGAUGCUAGUGAUCCCUUCGUUCCGAUCGUGAUUCCGGAGAUAACCUUAGAGGCGAAUUUCCGCUAUAUCCCGCUUGGGCUCUCACCGAAAGUCGACCACCAACUGGCAGAUGACGCGGUGCACUCAAAGCGGCGCUCGUUCAUGCGCAGUCAGGAAAGCUACACUUACGACUAGAGUUUUUCAUAAUUUUACUUUGCCAAAAGAUUGGCAAGAUGUGAAUACUGAAAGAGUAAAGUAAUGGGAGUGGACUGGAGUUUCUUGAUUUGAUUUGUAUAGAAUUUCAGCGGGUUUGAGUGUAGACUACUAAUUCUGUGCAAGUGUCGAGUGUUGCAUCGCGUGAGGUAUGCUGAUGCUGGAUGCUGUUUUCAUCGGGAGUGUAUGAAGCAGAACGAUGGGCAACAUCAAGAAGAUAACUUUUCAAGUAUUUAGUGGAUAACGGAACAAUAGUAUCUCUCCUGUCUUCUAAUACACCUUCACCUCAAAUUCACUGAUGCAGCAGCCAUACAUUCGUAGUGCGCGGUACGCUGCCGGCCGCAUGUAUGUUAGCAGCAUGCUCACGUCUCUGGCUGUUUAUGACUGAAAAACUUGAGUGGAGUCGGUUGAAUAUAUAUGAGUCAAUUAGAGAAUGGCUGAAGAACACCAAGUUGAUCAUUUUCAUCUUAGGUUUAUAACUGUGGAGUAAUUUUUUGUCGAUGGAAGAUGACUUCUUGGCAGUGCGUGGUCCAACAAUGGGUCUUGCCAAUCGGGCUCCUUCCAUUCUCUCUGUCUGUCUGUCUCUCUCUCUCUCUCUCUCUAUUAAUCUAUUCAAGGAGCGUCUUUCUUCUCUACCUUUUUGCCUUCAUAUGAAGAAUCAGAUUUUCAAUCCGGACUUGGGCACCUUGAUCCAGAUAUUGUCCGAUGGAAUUAUGCUGGUAGACGUCCCCGAGGAAUUUUACGAUCGGCCAUACGGAAAACUAUGGAAAUUCCUGCUGAGCCAGAAUUUGAUGGGUGUAGGACUUCUUCGCCGCGCGUCGACAAAUGCCAAGUUAUGCGAAGGCUUCAAAAUCAAAAGUGUAGACGGUGAAACUAAACUGUAAUGAUCUCCUCCGGUUUUGAAUUAUUCACUGUUACAAGAAAUCGAAUUCUUCUUAUAGAAAUUCGUUUCAACUAACUUGAUUAUACCACGAAGGGUCAUAUCAGGGGCACCCACAUCACAUGACUUGAUUAUUUAACAUCAUGAAUAAAAGUCUCACUAAAGGGCAGCUUUCUACAAGUAGGUGAAGCCUAGUCUUAGCUUAGAAGAACUUAGAAGUAUGGUGAUCCGCGUCCCCUUAGUCUAUCAUCAAAAAAAUGUCAUCGAGAACAACUGGUGUUUCGCUCUAACGAUGACUCUGGGUGCGAGCACGAGCUUAGGGUUAGUGGAGCAUGAAUUCCCACUGACGGCGCCACCAAAAGACGACGUUGUAAUAGAGCCCGGCGACCGCGCUUACGUGAUUCGUCCUGGUCUCAUGUACGCACUAGACGAAUAAUUAUCGUAGUUUUGGGCGGUGGCGGGCCCGUUGAGGCUUAGCAGCACAUUGAAAGGCGACGAGGACUCGUAAAUUUUAGGUGCGGUAUAAGGCUACGAAAGUGUACUGUUGUUGUGCGUUGUUAGUAUGAGCGUACUCUAUGAAUGAAUACUGGCUUGUUACAAUAACUUUUGUUCCUGCAAGAAAGCUGGUCGAGCAGGAUUGAUUAUAUUGUUGGGACCCGUUGUACUCGGAGUGGGGGGACGAAGUGCGGAUGAGGUCUUGCUUCGCGUAUUCUGGCAUUGCUUUGCGUACUUGUUAACAUGAAAUCUGACUAUAUUCGACAAUUCGGGCGUAAGUGUGUAUAAGGUUAAUCAUACAUAGCUUGUAUUAUGACGGGGUGCUGACGCGAGGUUCCAUACUGUGCACAGCGCUCGAAUGUUUGAUUCUUCGAUUCGACGAUGACGAAAGCUCGCUACAGGCCACUGAUGAGUACUAAAUUUUGUGACAGUCAAUGAAUCGUUCACACUAGUUCUAAACAAAGGGAAUUCUGAUCAGCAGGGGAAGUGACCAUGACCAUGACCCUUCCUUGAAGAAAGAGGCAGGAGGGAGCUACUUUGACUAGAGCCGAUGAUUUCUGCAGAAGAGCACUUUAAUUUUUGCUCCAUCCGGUUGGUCAAAGUGAAUUCUGAGACUGAGGAGCUCAAAGAAAAUCACAAAGAGUCACCAACGCAUGCUUGAUGUAAAAAGACGCUCUUGGUGAGCAUCUUUCCAAUGUUCAAGUUGGAGCCAGGCACAGGAUGUUG